AUGGCCACUCUACUGCCCUUUCGCGACAUCAACGUCCAUGCAUCUACCAGCCAUUAUGCCUUCACCUCUCCGUCCACCCCUUCUGCGCCGACGCUGGUCAUAGAAAGGCCCUCUGGCGACAUCCGGCUGAACGAUGGCUCUCUGCUGGGCGCAAAGCGCGUUUCCAGUAUUGCAGGAAUAUUGGGUAUCAUCAAGCUGAAGUUGGACAAAUAUGUCAUUGUUAUCACAAAGGCACAACCCAUGGGCAGGCUUCGAGGCCAUAUGGUCUACAAGGUCGUCGCAACCGAGUUUCUCCCCCUCCGAGAACGACCUGUUCACGAUCCCGACGAGGAUACUUAUCUUUCAUAUCUCAAGACCCUGCUGGCCACUGGCCCCAUGUACUUUUCUUAUUCAUUGGAUGUGACUUCAAGCUUUCAACGUCAAUCCGAGUCAGAUUCGUCGCAGCCAUUGUGGAAGAGAGCCGACGAUCGUUUCUUCUGGAACAGAUUCGUUCAGACCGACCUGAUCGACUUCCGGAUGGGAGGUGGACCUUUGGCCGGGUUGAGGGGACAGCAACAGCCAGGAGCUGACCCUUACAUUCUGCCUGUUAUGUUUGGCAUGUUCGAAGUGAGGGCGGCAAGGCUCAAGUCGACCAAUUUCAACUUCGCGCUUAUCACCAGGCGAUCACGGCACCGUGGUGGGACCAGAUACUUUUCUCGCGGGAUUGACGAUCAAGGCCAUGUCUCCAAUUACAACGAGACGGAACAAGUCGUCGUGUUGAACGAUGUUUCCGGACCGCCUGCGGGUUACGCUGGGGGCGCAGGCAUGCAAAAUGGGAAGAUUGGCGGCGAGCCUUCCGAGACCCAAGUCCUGUCAUUCGUGCAAACGCGAGGCAGUGUUCCUGUUUAUUGGGCCGAGAUCAAUGACCUGCGCUAUGUACCAAGACUUCAGAUCCGAGGGGUAGAUACUGCAGUGGAUGCUGCUCGAAAGCAUUUCGCUGAGCAGAUUAGAAUCUACGGCGAGAAUUACCUGGUGAACUUGGUCAAUGCGAGCGGCAGGGAAGAACGCGUGAAGAAAGCGUACGAGCAGAUGAUCAGGAUACUGGUCAACUCCCCGGAUGAGUCAGUUGAAGCCGACCAGCGCACCGACGAAAAGUUCAGAGAUAUCAGUGCAGAAUACCCACGUUCGAUGAUGGACAAACUGCAUUACAUCUAUUUUGACUUCCACAACGAGACCAAAGGCUUAAAAUGGCACCGGGCGGAGCUCUUGUUGGACGAGUUGAUGGAUGGCUUAAAGAAGGGCCAAUAUUUCAAAGGGGUUGAAAUGCCUGGUGAUCCUUCUGGCGCUCUUGAGGUCCGCUUGAAGCAGACAGCCGUGGUCCGCACCAACUGCAUGGAUUGCCUCGACAGGACGAAUGUCGUCCAAAGUAUGCUUGGUCGAUGGGCGUUGACACAGGAGUUCCAAGAUCUUGGUAUCCUGCAACCAGGCGAGCGCAUAAGCGACGAUCGUGCCUUUGAAUUCUUAUUCAGGAAUAUAUGGGCCGACAACGCGGAUGUCGUCUCAAAAGCUUAUUCGGGCACCGGCGCUUUGAAGACUGACUUCACAAGGACAGGCACUCGGACGAGAGUGGGAAUGUUGCAGGAUCUGAGUAAUUCUUGCACUCGGUAUAUCCGCAACAACUUCCUGGACGGACCUCGACAAGAUGGAUUCGAUCUCUUCCUUGGGGCUUAUCUUCCAUCGACUUAUGGGGUUGGAUCGCCUAUGAUGUUCGUUGACCGCCGGCCGCUUAUCAUCCAAGCCAUCCCUUAUGUUUUUGCAGCCUCCCUCUUCAUUAUCCUAAUCGCGCUUCUCACUCGACGAUCUCCAGAAGCCACCGUCUGGCCGUUGCGGUUACUUGUCAUUUUAUGUUUGGUGGUGGCUGGCUGGUCCUUUCAAUUCCUUUACACCUAUGGCUUACUCUACGUCAACUGGCCCAAGCUUAACACCCCAAACUUUGCCCUUGAAGAAUUCAAUCAAGCCCUGGCACGGGCACACAAGGACAAGCUCAUUGGGCCUCUGAUUACGGCUACAGCCAGUAGCAAGGAGAGGAGGGCUCGAAAUAUCAGCACAGCCAACAUGGGGUUCAUGGAAGAGGGCAAGAAGAGAAUAGAAUAA